AUGCAUCAACACUCUCAAGGUCGAGGUCAUGAGCGCAAGCAGGCGACGACCGUGCGGCCUGCACAGGACGAGCUACCGGGUACACUGGCAGACGUGGAGGAAUGCGUCGCUCGCUUGAAGAAGCACGUGCAUGACGCGUCGCUUCCGCAGUCCAUUCGCCGCAAGAUUCAAACGGUGCAUGCGGCGGUCCAAAGUUUGCGCGCGAACGUCGACUCCGAGUUGGUGCACAUACGCCCGACAACGUCUCCCCCGGAACGAAGCGAGUUCAACUGCGUGGAGAUAGCGAUGGAAAAACUUCAAAGGCGCAUUCGUGCGGACAAUCGGAAACGCAUUGUCAUGGACAGCGACGCUACCGAGUCGGAACCGGAGCAGGUCGUUGGUCCAUCCGUGCCGAUUCCACUCGUCAAGAUGGAAGAUCCGACUGUUAAAGACGAACGUAGUGGUGCGGAAGAAAGCGCAACCACCACUGUGGCAAAGAAGAAGCGGAAGCGCAUCAUUCGCAUGAACGGAUCAAGCGACGAAGGAGGAAAGGCGCCGCCGCAUAAAGUCAAGGUGCCGCCACUCUUACCUCCGCACAACGCGCAGCAACCGUACGCAUCCGACACUGAAACGGACGACAACAUGACGACGACUGCUCCAUCGCCGGCAUCCAGAGCGACGAACGACCAGAACUCCACCACGUCCCCCUCAACCUCAAAGAUCGCCCUUCCUCGUACUCCGUCCGCUGAUGUGAUCGACAAGCUUGACGGCGGAGAUACUUCGAUCCAGGAACCCGCGACGCCACCACCACCGCGACCGCCUCUUGUCGUCGCCAAGACCCGCCAUGAUCCAUCCACGUACUCAGGCGAUAGUUCCGACGAUGAAAUCGCCACGCCGACGCCGUUCGCUGCGUCGGCACCACCGCAAACCAAACCCCGCACUCCCCCUCGUCAACCACCCCCUCCGUCCAUUCCAUCCGCCGCACCUCCCGUCGCUCCAGCGCGUUCGCCAUCCCGAUCGACCACAGGCGGCGCGGCGGCUUCUUUGGUCGCCGCCACAUCACCCGCCCUUCCUACCCAGCGUUCGGAGAGUACCGUCCAUGCAUGGACGAAUCACGUAGACAUGUCCAUCUCGGACGACGACGACGUCAUCGAAGUAAGCCCGUUGCAUGCUUCCCCCCCCUCUGUGAACCCCGCGAUCUCAUCUUCGCCUUCAUUGACCAAGCACUCGACGACGACCCCGCCUCCCAAAGCCCUUGACACGACACCGAACUCUGUACGACCACCAGGUCCCAGCAAUGCAGCCUCCCAGACGUUCCAUGCCAGCGAUAAGAAGAUCACUACCACCACCAUGCCGCCACCGCCGCCAUCCAACCCACCCACGACGCUGUCGGACGCCCUCGUCGCAUCGGCCAUCGACAUCUCGUCCACUGACUCGUCCGAUGACUCGUCGGAUGAGAGUCCGCCGCGGAAGCGCGUGUCCGUGUGGCACACGACGCCCAUGGCGAAUGCAAACGCGGCCUCUUCAAGUGAUGACGACGCCAGCAGUUCCGACGGCGAAGAUGCCGCCGCCGCCGCCCGUACCCAUCACAAACAACAACAACCACCACCACCCACCAAGACACUGCUGGCGUCGCCGCACCGAGGUCCGCUGUGGCCCAACUUGGACAAGUUCAUUGGGAUGCUCGUGCACCCGACGCGGCCGCGGCUGCUUCCACACAACUUUAUCUUUCCCAAAGCCUAUGCGUCCGUGGCGCAUUACAUGAGUGGACUGCAGCAAGCCAUCGUCGAAGAGUGUCUAUGCGCAUUUGCCAACCACCCGCCGCCAUCCCGCCAUCCGCCGCUCGCGACCGUCACCAUCGCCGCCGUGUCCACGUACAACCCAUCGCUUCAAUCCGUGCUCUUUCGGCUAACAAGACCCAAACCACUCAAAGCAGCUUCUUCGUCCAUGUCUAGUCUGCUGCAAUCCCAUGACCUGCUCGUACUGUAUCCAUCGUCAGCACUUUCUCAUCCUUGUAAGAAGAACAAGGCGACAACAACAACAGCAUGUCCUCCAACUGGCAUCCCCGCGAUUGCCCUGUCGACUUCCCUCACUCAGGAUGACCUUGUCGUGCUCGUGUCGCAUGUCCACUCGAUCGACACCCUAGCGUCAUUUGACGUGCAUGUCGUGGGAAACCUCACCACGGGCUCCCGCGAGUACCAGGCGGCGCUGUCUCUGUCGUCGUGGCCGGCGUCGCUGCAGACGAUGGUCACGAGCGCCGUCGUGCCCACGUCCGCGUCGCUCGGCGUGCUUCCAUUGACUUUGAUUCCAUCCCUGCAACAACACUUCAACCAACAUCAGUUUCAAGCGAUCCAAAGGGCGAUUCACCAGCCCAUGACGCUGAUCCAAGGCCCCCCCGGCACGGGCAAGACACACACACAAUCCUCGGCAUCAUCCAGUAAAACGAUUAUAUUUAUAUCUAUGCGAGAUAUGUUACGAUCCGGUAGAGCGUUGCUGCGACAGCCGUCGAGCCGCCGCGCCAAGAUCUCGGUAGGCGCCGCGCUCGGUGUCAACACGCAGCCCAAUAUCCGACUGCUCGUGACCGCGCCAUCUAACGCCGCUGUCAACGUGAUCAUGCACAAGAUCCAGGCGCAGAUGCCUGACGUCGCCAUGGUGCGGCUCGGACAGCCCACGUCGCCGUCCCUAGUGUGGCUUGAACACCUGAUCGACCACGACAAGGCCAAGAACGUCAAGGGACACGACUGGAGUUCCCAGGAAGCCCGCGAGCGGCUGCUGGACGGCGCGCAGAUCGUGUUUUGCACGCUCAGCGGCGCCGGGUCGUGGAGUAUGUGGAACCCCAAGCGCAGCCAUUUUGAUGCGGUGAUUGUCGACGAAGCCGCCCAGGCCACGGAAGCGAGUAGCUUGAUUCCACUGCGGUUUUGUGCCCAGCGAUACAUUUGGGUGGGCGACCACAAGCAACUGCCCGCCACGAUUAUGUCCACGCGCCUCUGUCGCAUGGAGUACGACCACAGCUUGUUCCAGCGCCUCGUCAACAACCCGGUGAACCACGUGGUGUUGCUGCGGGAACAGUAUCGCAUGCACCCCGACAUCUCGUCGCUGCCGUCGCGGCUGUUUUACUCGAACGUGCUCGUCAACGCCCGCCGCGACCCCCCCGACACGCCGUACCACGCGGCGGGGUUCCCGCCCUACAUGUUUUACGAUGUCACAGACGGCCUCCAGUCGCGCGUUGAGACAUCGUACCGCAACGUGCCGGAAGUGACGUUCAUCGCGUCGAGACUCGGGGAACUGCUCAAGGUGCCGUACGACUUUAAGAACAAAAUCGGCAUCAUCUCCCCGUAUAAAAGCCAAAUCGAAGCGAUCAAGGAUGCGCUGCAUGCCGCCAAGUUGACCAAAGCCAAGAUUGAAGUGAACACCGUCGAUGGGUUCCAGGGCCGAGAAAAGGAAAUCAUCAUUGUGUCUUGUGUGCGCACCCUGCGCAGCGGAGACAACAGCUUCUGGGGCGACGUCCGCCGCAUGAACGUGUCGCUCACUCGUGCUAUCUCGAGCUGCUGGAUCGUCGGCAACUCCAACCUGCUCAAGGAGAGUCCCGCGUGGGCCGAGCUGCUCGACGACUCGAAGCGCCGCAACGUGUACCAAAAGGUGGUGAUCCAGCCGCCCACCAAAGUCAUUCCGCCUCCUCAUGCGCCGUGA